GUAACCCUGUCGUUGGUUCGUCGAUUCCACACUAUCGUCUGAAUUUUUCCGCGGGAGUUUCAUGUUGACGACGUCCUAGUAAGCUCGCUCGCACAUCUCCGACGAUGAGUCGAAUGACCAAAACAUUGCGAAGUGUCAAAGACGACUGGAAGGACCAAACGGAACAUAUGGCAGAAGGAUCCCCUGACCUGUCUUCAAUUGAGAAGGACAGCAUUUUCCAAGAUGACCAGUUUAAUAGUGACGGUAACAACAUAUUUCACAGCACUGCGAUGGAGGAUGACUUCAGCCCAGUACAAACACAUCAGAAGGCAACGCCAGCUAGAAAAGAGGGGACGCAGUCUGUGGCGGAAAGAACAGAGACACCACGCCGCAUCUUGGGAACGUACAAAAGGUCGAGCGCUGCCAAACAGGGCAAGGACAAGGAGAAAGGCUCACAGAAUACAAGCUCUACCUUCAAAACUCCGUCUGUGCCUCCCUUGAUGGAAAGAGUGCUGCCCAAACCCAAAGCCAUGCCACUGCGGAAGAUCUCCGAGGAGACACAAGAGACGUCAGCAUCAGUUACCCAGGGUACACCAGAAACCUCAGCAUCAGCUUUCCAGGGUAGUGGCACAGUGGCAUCAGCAUCAGCAUCCGCUUCCCAGGCCACGUCUACUACAGGGGGAGACUCAUCACAGGAGUCAGACAGUGAGGGCCCGACUGAUGCAGGUGACGAUCAUUCCCCACCAAUCAGAAGAAAGACCCAACCUGCCCGGCGGCGGUCUGAGGGAGAGCAGCCUAAAAAGAAGUCUGGAGGGCAGAGGAUGUCUCGGGGGUCAUCUGUAGCGGACACACAGAAAAAGAACCGAAAGUCCAGUGGCAGAGUACCCCUGCAGAAUAUCCCCGAGGAGAACGAGCUGCAACCAGGGACUUCUGCAUCAGCAGCAGCCCCAGACGCAGACAGUGACAUUGUCUCGGAUGAGGACGGUGAGUACGCCCCGCCCAGCAAGAAGAAGAGCCGACCCGUCCAGCGCUCUCAGGAGGAGGAGGAGGAGGAGGAGGAGGAAGACUCAAGCAUGCCACCAAAGAAAAAUGCAAGAGGACAGAAGAAGUCCCGCUCAUCUUCCGGCAGCAGAAGGAAGCAAAGCAGGAAGUCUUCAUCUGGCUCCUCAGACACUGGGGCUGGAGAGAAAAGGAGGAAACAGAAAGUGCGGAACCCCAUUGACCUUGAGGUGGUGCUGGAGGCCUUUCAGGAUUUUGUUGAGGAGUACAAGGAAACAGUGGAUUCCAAUGCUGUUCAAAAGGCAAUAGAUCAUAUGUCAGAGUCUUUUGUGAAUCAGUUGACCGAGGCGAUCACUGCAACCAAAGAACUAACCACUGUAAAAAAGAAAAAUAUGAAGCUGAACAUCGCCAUUAACAGUAAGCGGUCAAAGUUGGUCGACGCCAAAAAUGAACUCAUACAGAGUGAGGCCAAGCUGAGAGCCCUGGAGAAGGAGCGGCAGCAGCUGGAUCAGAGGCUAACGGACCUCACCAAGGGCAUGUCCCUCCUCAAUGGCCUGACUGACCUCCACACCAAGUACCUGGGCUACUGCGAGGCCCACCCUACAGAGACCCCAUCGUACGGCCCCACCAGCUUGCCUGCUCUGCUCAUGGAGACCAGAUGCAUGCUGGGAGCUGAGCACCAGCUAAAGACCGUCAAUGCUAAGCUUCAGCAAGUGUUAGAUAAUGUGGACAAGAAGUGAGAUAUUGGAGCAAUCCAGAGUCCAUCGCUUCUACUGCACAAAUAUACAGUACCACAGGCAUCCGAGGUGUCCAUGCUAGUUAUGUUGCAUAGUAUCAGGUGCUGAUAUGAUGUGAUAUUGUUUAGUAUCAACGAUGAUCGUGUGUUGAUAUGGUGUGUUGUUUAUUUAUGCUCACCUGUUUGAGAACAUUCUCUCUCUUGUAUAUACAUCUGUACUCCUCAGUAGCUCAAUGCAUGUACCCCCUAAAAAGAAGGGCAAUAAUAAACAUAGUUGUAUAUUUAAAGAUUUCACUAGUCACCCUUUAAUACAUCACAUCACUAUUUUUUUUUU